AUGUCUCCAUCAUCACGAUUUGACGCACUGAGCCUCCUACCUGCCCCCCGCCCUCAGAAGCCUUGCCCCUCCCCUCUCCACUGUGGGGAAAAGACAGCCCCUGAAAACCAAACAUCUGCGCCUCUGACCAACAAGCAACAGCACACAAUGGCCCUGAUGUUGAAGCCGUGGACGGUCCUGGUGGCUGUACUGCUGUGUGUUCUCAUGUGUCUCAGUGCGCUGUCUGAGGCAUAUCCCCCCAAACCGGAGAACCCAGGAGAGGACGCCCCACCGGAGGAGCUGGCCAAGUACUACACCGCCCUGAGACACUAUAUCAACCUCAUCACCCGACAGAGGUAUGGCAAGCGUUCGGCUCAGGAAGACGUGGUUGCUGAACUUCUGUUUGGGAGUGACAGCAGAGAUCAGAGAUCACGAUAUGAUGACAACUUCAUGUGGUGA